CAGAACACCCUAUAAAAAUUCACAGGGAAGAUUAUGCAAAUUCCUCCCUUCUAUUCUGCCCUGAAGAAAGAAGAAAGGUUGUCCACACUGAUUAAGAAAAGAGAAGCUGUGGAACCAAAGCCUGCCAGGCCAGCAAUGGUCAGCAGUCUCACUCUGACAAACUUCAAGCCACUCUUUUUUUGUGGCUCGGUCGGUGACAUUGGCAAAGGUAGACGGAAAGAAAGAGCAGACAACCAUGGACUGUUUACACUAGAAGAGCAUGUGCUUUAUGAAGACAAUUGGACAAUUAAUAAAGUUGCCCGGGCCCCAGAAUGUUGCAGGCUUCUUCUCCAGAUGUAG